AUGUCCGUCUUCGACUCCAUCAGACGCGGCAUGGCCAGCCUCACGGCCUCGCUCAGCGUGCCGGACCAAAUCUCAUGGCUCAACGACGUCCGCGUCGUCCCGGCCGCCGCCCUCUCCGACACGGACAAGGACGUCCUCUACACCCUUACCGCCUUCUCCGUCGCCAUAUUCGCCCUGUACCUUUUCCGAAACAAGAUCCUCUCCCUCCUCCCUCGAUGGCUUCAGCCGUUCGCAAAGGAAAUCGGCCCCGGGCCCGACAAGCGCAAGGCCUGGACGCACUGGACGCUGAUCCUCAGUCUGCUGUGCCUCGCCGGCCUCGUGCUGUCCAUCAUCCCCGCCUGCCUGAACCCGAGGCAGCCCGUCGCCAUUCUCGAAGUCGUCCCAUGGCUCGUUGCGACGCUCCUGACGGCCUUUGAUCGUCCCACGCAUACGCCGCGCAUCCUGCUCCUGCAGUACGUGCUCAUUCUCGCCGCCGGCCUCGCCACCUACUCUGUGCAAUUCCUCGAGCAUGCAGUCGCGGCGCUCGACACGUACCGCGUCGCGCGCAUCGCCAUUGCCGCCGCCGCCGUCCUCGCCAUCGUCAACAUGCCCAUCCGCAACCCGGCCUGGGACACCGAGGACAUCGGCAACCCCAACCUCCCGCCGUCGCACCACGUCCGCAGCCCCGAGGACAACCUGACGCUCUUCCGCUUCUGGGCCAUGACCUGGGUGUUCCCCCUCGCGCGCAUCUGUCGCCACAAGGAGAUCUCCGAGGAGCAGGUGUGGCAGCUGCCGUUUGAGUUUCAACAUACGCGCUUGUACAUGGCCUUUCGCGAGCUCCGGGGCAAGCUGCUUCCGUGCUUGAUUGAGGCCAACGGCCUGGACCUCUCCAUCGCCACGCUCCUGGCGAUUGCGGAAAAGGUAGCUGAAGUGUCCAACAUCCGGCUCACGAGCAAGCUCUACUCUUCCUUGGACAGAAACAGGGCGGAUGAAGCCUACUUUUGGUGUCUCGUCAUGCUGUCCCUCGACUUUGGCCGGCAGCUUUGCAAGACCACCUCAUCGUGGUACUCGCGCAAGGCGUAUGAGCGGUCCCGUGGCGAGACUUUCAUCGGCCUGUUCAGGAAGCUCCUCACGCGAGCUGUUCCCGGCUCCGAUGCCACGGAAAAGGGACCGGCAGAGGACAUCGUUCUGCCUACCGGAUCUGCGCCCCCCAAGAACAAGCUCCAGAGGGCCCUGGCCAGGUGUUGCGGCGGCGGCGGUAAACAGACCAAGCCAAAGGAGAGCUCCCCCAGCCAGCCCGCGUCCAACGCCAAGGUCGUCAACCUCGUACGCGGCGACACCUACGAAAUCUCGCAACGCUUCUGGGACUUUCCCAAGCUCGUCUCUCAGCCCAUCAAGGUCGUCGUCACAAUCUAUUACCUCAUCGACAUCAUGGGCUGGCCAUCGAUCCUCGGCUUCGCGCUGAUGGGCCUGAUCUUGACGGUCAACUCGCUGCUCGUCCGCGAGCUCGUCAAGAUGGAGCGCCAGCGAACUGCCCACUCGGACAAGCGCGCACAGGCCGUCGCGCACUUUGUCGAGGCCAGUCGUCCGCUCAAGCUCAACGGCUGGACUGCCUCGUGGAGCGCCCGCAUCUUUCGCUUCCGCCUCCGGGAGAUGCUCAAGCGCCUGCAGAUGGCUCGCGUCACGGCCUUCAUCUCGACGAACAAUGUCGCCGGCGGCACGGCAUAUCCCUUGGCGAGCAUCUGUUUGUAUACCAUGUUCCUUGGGCAGAGUCUCCCGAACAAUGUCAUCUGGCCAGCGCUGCAGCUAUUCAGUCAACUCGAGGCCAGCGUCAAGGAGGCCUUUGAUCUCAUCGCUGCAUACUGGAAGGCCAUUAUCCCCGUGGAGCGUGUCAAUAAGUAUCUGGCCGAGCCCGACCGUGAUGACUCCGGACUGAAUGCUUCAGACACAAGAGACAUAGAGUUUCACAACGCAUCUUUUUCGUGGCCGUCGACCGAACACAUGGUACUUCACAAUUUGAACCUCAGAUUCUCCGAGGGCUUGACCGUCAUCCGCGGCAAGGUCGGCUCUGGCAAGUCUAGUCUUCUGCUAGCCGCUCUAAACGAGAUGGAAUUGCACCAGGGAGACGUGCUGCGACCGGACGAACCUAUAGGAUAUGCCCAGCAGCUGCCCUGGCUGCAGGACAAGACGAUCCGCGACCACAUCCUAUUUCAUCAUCACUUUGAUCCGGUGCGAUACCGGCAGGUAAUCAAUGCAUGCGCCCUAGCUCCUGACCUGGCGAUGUUCCCCGACGGCGACCAGACGAAGCUCGAGGAGGGAGGCGUGGGCCUUUCUGGCGGCCAAAAGGCUCGAGUAGCCCUUGCAAGAGCAGUGUACAGCCAGAGUCGCAUUCUCCUUCUCGAUGACCCCUUGGCGCCGCUUGAUCACGAUACAGCCAGCAAUAUCGUCCGACGGUUUCUUCAAGGGCCGCUUGCCCAGGGACGCAUCAUCGUCAUGGUCACGCAUCGGGAUGACCUGGUUCUCCGCAUUGCCGACACUGUCGUUGACAUGGAUCAAGGCCGCGCCACCGUCCUUUCGCAGGAUCAAAUCAAGCUUGAACUCGAGCAUCCGAUCCACACUCCGUCCGGCCACGGCGUGCACGACGAUGCCGAGCAUGAGCAUGGAGCUGCCGAGGACGAAGUCUCGGGCCUGAAGGAUGCGCCCGAAGAGCCCUCGGAGACGGGCAGCGUGCCCCUAUCGGUCUACCUCAGCUACAUGAGAGCUGGCGGAUGGAAGAUGUGGGCGCUCCUGGCCAUCUUCUACAGCCUGUCGCGCGGUUCCGACAUUGGACGUGCCCGCCUGCUCGAAGCAUGGGGCAACGAGACGGCAUCUGGAUCAGCCAGCAGCACCACGACCGGGCCAUGGGGGCUGCCGAACCCGGCGGUGCAUCCAGAGGUCUGGAUCUACAUCCUAGCCGGCCUGUCGGUCGCGCAGACUGCCACGUACGCCGCGGCGCAGCUGCUCCUCGCCAAGAUCAGCAUCGACGCCGCGCAGAACCUGUUCAAGAUUGCCAUCGAGAGGAUCAGCAAGGCGACGUUCCGAUACCACGACGUGACGCCGACGGGACAGCUCAAGAACCGCCUGAUCUCGGACAUGGGCAUGGUAGACGGCGGGAUCCUGGCGCCGCUGGAGGCAUUUGUGUACAAUCUGAUUGCUCUCGUGCUCAGCAUGACGGCCAUCAUGAUGCAGCAGCCCAUCCUGCUCGUCAUACUGGCCUGCGUGGCUCUGCUGUUUGUAUACUUUUUCCGGUACUACGUGCCCGUCUCGCGCUGUCUGCGACGCAUGGAGAUGCGGUACCUGACGCCCAUCAUCGCCAAUAUUGGCGUCAUGCAGGACGGGCUCGUCACCAUCCGAGCGCUCAGGGUGGAGGGACACUUCCAAGACCGCCACCUGGACGCCGUGGACGACUUCCAGAAGCAGGACCAUUUCUUCUGGAGCAUGGCCUUUUGGCUCGAUUUCCGACUCAGCAUCUCGUCGGCGUGCACCCGGGCGGUGCUCGUCGCCUUCAUGGUAUGGUACGGCACGCCGGCGAGCGCCGUCGGGUUCGUCCUCACGCAGUCGUCCAUCGCCAUGGCGGCGGUGCAGCAGCUCUGCGAGAAGUUUGCGCAGCUGCAGCUCGACGCCGUCUCGCUCGAGCGCGUCAACAUGCUCAACAAGAUCCCCGAGGAGCCCAGCGGCGACGACACGCCGCCCGAGGACUGGCCGCGACCGUGCGACGCCGUCCGCUUCGAGGACGUGUCGUUUCGAUAUGCCGACGGGCUGCCGGACGUGCUCGACAAGGUGACGUUUGAGAUUCCCGGCGGAUCGACUUGCGCCGUCCUGGGCCGCACCGGGUCGGGCAAGUCGACCAUCGCGAACGCGCUGCUCGCCACGCAGACGGCGAGCCACGGCGCCGUCAGGAUCGGCAGCGUGGAUCUCGCAAAGGUCGACCGCACGGCGCUUCGCAACCGCGUCACAUUCGUGCAGCAGGACCCGACGCUGUUCCCCGGCACGCUGCACGACAACCUCGACCCCCAAGGCAAGUUCAGCGACGAGGCGUGCCUCAACGCCAUCCAUCGCGUCCUCGGCAGCGAUUGGGGGCUCGAUUCGCCUAUUGAUGCGGGCGGGAAGAACCUGAGCCAAGGUCAGCGCCAGCUCGUCAGCAUUGGGCGCGCUGUCCUGCGGCGUAGUGGACUGGUUAUCCUAGACGAGGCGACGGCGUCUAUCGACAGGGCCACCGCGGCGCUGGUGCAGAGGAUAUUGAGGGAUGAGCUGGCGGACAGUACCGUCAUUACAAUUGCACACCGACUAGAGGCCGUAGAGGACGCCGAUUGGUGUCUACGGCUAGACAAGGGACACGUUGUCGAGUGCGGCCCAGCAAAGGGCCUGCGAAAGAGUGAUGACGAAGAUGAUGAAUGA